GCGGCAAGGUCCCUCUAGUCGGGCUAAUCCGUCGUCUGUGUGAGUGCGUGCGCGCGUAUGUGUGUGUGCAACGCGGCGUCAGGUCAACCGGAGAAGUGCGUGCUCCCGUAAGCCCCCGCCGCCACUGCCGUGUCGUCAUCGCCGUCAGUCCUGAGCGUCUCGGUUCCCGUCGUGUCGUGUGUAUGGUGAACCGCGGCCGCGCGCGUGUUAGUUUGGCGAACCGUCGUCGAAAGAACACCGCUGAAUCCUGAACAUUGAACGGUAUACGUUAAAAAUAAUAACACCGCCGCGACAACAACAACAAACACUGUGUGGUGUAGUACGAUUAGGAUGCGACCACCGUCGGCGGAUCGCUCUCCGUUCGCUGCUGUCGCAGACGUCGUUCGAUCGUCGACCGUCGUAUAGCGAGUGUGCGUGUUGGUUGGCGGCGCGCGCGCGCGGUUACGCGGUACGUUCUACGGCAGUGCCUAGGAACCGUGUCACCGUCGGUCGCUCGUCCGUAUUUGUCUGGGAUCUCGACCACCGACCAGGACUGCAGCAAGAGCAGCAGCGGCCGCGCCGGAGGCACCGACGGUAAAGCCAGGGGUAAAAGGGACGUGAGAGGCCGGUCCUCGACGAUGCCAUUCGGUCGGUCGUCCGGCUGUACAUUCGCGAACGUCUGGAGCCGAAGCAUAGCCAAUACCGCGGACCGCACUAGAGCGAAUGAGUGCCACUUAUGGAGUGUAAUCGGACUGCUGAGCCGAACCGUCGAAACGACCGGACCGUGUUUGGCGCGUACGCGGCACGUCAUGUACCUGAAAUCAGUUGACAAUCCUAUUUGAAUGACCCACCUCAGAGGUGUCACAAGAGAUGAGUGUGCUUGUGCCGAUUGAGAGGGGUGAUCCGGUAGGGUCGCAAGGUGGAUCUCCACCGUGCACGGCCAGGCACAGGUUCACUCCGCCUGGCAAUCCCAGCACGCCUACUACGCCACUGCCUGUUCCACCAGACGUUGCUGAACCGAAUGCGGUCAUAGAACCGCAAGUGCCGGUCACGCACAAACACCCAUGCAUAUCUUGCUGGUGUUGUUGUUGCGGAUGCUCUUGUGUUAUUUUGCAUGCGUACAGGAGUAGGAUAUGCAAACUAUGGGAUCGUUUUUGUUUCCCACUAAAAGGACAUCACCCAAAGGCAACAAAUGGAAACGGAUCAUCCGGUAGUAUAAUCGAAAAUCCCGUAGAGCUAAGGCCUCCAUUAGAAGAAAUUCGAAGUUGGAGCAAAUCAUUUGAUAGACUCUUAAAAUGCCCAGCGGGCAAAAAAAUUUUCCGAGAUUUCUUGCGAUGUGAAUAUAGCGAAGAAAACAUACUGUUUUGGAUGGCUGUGGAGGAGCUUAAAAAAGAAUCUAAUCCAGACGUAAUCGAGGAAAAAGCUCGGUUUAUCUACGAAGAUUACAUUUCGAUUUUAUCUCCCAAAGAGGUCAGUCUAGACUCUCGUGUUCGUGACAUAGUUAACAAGAAUAUCAAUCAACCAACGGCUCAUAUGUUCGAUGAAGCUCAGCUACAAAUUUACACGCUUAUGCACAGAGAUUCUUAUCCUAGAUUUAUAAAUUCAACGCAGUACAAAAAAUUAGCCAAAACUGAAAAUGGAGCUACUGGUAACGCUCUAAAUAGUGGCCAGCAAACCCCAACCAAACGAAAACAGAGCAAUAUACAAUAAAUGGUCACAUUUAUUUCAGGACAAUAAACGCGGAAUCUCAUCCUUUUGUGAAAAGUUUAUAAAUCUGUUUCAUGAACGACAGUGGUUUUGUGCAAGGUCAUCCAGAUUAGGUGUAAGCGAAAAUCUUGACGGGUUGGCUAUUAAUUAAUUGUUUGGCCAAAUCGAGACCAAGGUCCUUUAGCAGUCUUCUUUUCCAAAUACACAUGGCAUCUAAAGAUAAGUUAAGCGAUUCACGAAAAUGAUAAAAAAUAUCGUGUUUAAGACUUUGUAAACUUUAAAUAAACAUAUAAAUCAAGUAAUAAUAAAUCAGUCGCUGCAUUGUGUAUAAAAAAUAAACGUAAAAAUGAUGUACAUAAAUAUUGUACGUACUGUUAAAAUUUGAAAUUAAUCGAAAGAUGUUUUGCAGCGAUUAUUUUUUGUCUUGGGUGUUCAAGCCUGCGUUUGGACCCAUGUAUUUGGGACCAGAAUUGAUAUGAUUUUCGUAGAUUUACAUUAUUAUACAUGGUAGUAUAAGAAAAAAUAUUUGUAUUUAAAAAUCGCGAUGUAAAAAAUAAAUUAUAUACUAUGUACUAAGUUUUAAAUAAAAAGUAAAAAUGUUUUAUACUUAAUUAUUAUUGUGAUUCUUAUUUUGAUUUUAUUUAUAAUCGUCUUUUUUGUUUUUACAUUUAAUAAAUCGUAGUGAUUAUAAAAAUUGUAUUUUCACUCGUUUGCGUUUGAGUCUCAUAAGAUUUCCUUCGUGAAAGAUUUUGAAUAAUUUUUAUGUAUACAUUCGUACAUUACAUUGUAUUUAACACAAUUUUAUUUCUUAAAAUAUGCAAUAUACUGAUAAAAAUGUAAAUAAAAAAACAAUAAUAAUGAUAUUAUUAAUAUUAAUAUUAUUAUUUUUAUUAUUAUCAUAAAUAUAUAAUGUAACGAUUAAGUAUCUAUCAUUUAAUGAUGGGAUUGUGUUACCAAUCUAAAUUAAAAUGCCAUCUUGUGUAAAGAUGAAGUUAGUAUGCAUAAAACUUUAAUGUAGGCCCUUAUCAGAAAAUGUUAGUUAGAAUUGACUCUAGUAUUGUUACCUUAUGGUGUUUAAUUGUUUUAAAAAAAUUACACACACACACACACAUAUAUAUAUAUAUAUAUAUAUUUGUUUUUUUCUUGUUAAAUUUUAACUAAUAUUUAACUUCUGUAGUUGAUCAAAUUUAUAUAUUAUUUGUUACGUAAUUAUUUCUAGUCUAACCAAAAGACUGUUAUUUUUUAUUUAUAAAUAUAAUAUAUUGUGACCUACCUCUUGUCAUUAUGUUACUGGUGUAUUUUGUACUUGUUUUUACUUUUUUUUACGGUAUGUCUUAAAAGUAGCAUUUAUUGUGCCAAUUGAUUUUACAAAUUAAGUUUUUUGAAUUGUAAACAAAAUCAAAUUGUACGGUUUUACCAAUGACGUAUAUUGCAAAGUGAAGCAUAAUUAAAAAAUAUAUGCAUACGAAAAAGAGAGGAGCACUGGUACAAAUAGUAUCAACACAAUAGUAGAUUUAAUGAUUUAAUAGAUUAUCAUUUUAAUGGUAAUAAAUAUUUAGAUUAAAAAUUGUUAAAUAAACACAACAGGGUAUCAAAUAUUUUUUCUUCAUUCACAAUUUUUUACAUACUAUGAUGUACAAUACAACACUAAAAUAAUUAAAAACAAAGCAUGACACUAUAAAGGUGUAAAAUAUAUAAUAUAUUUUAUCAUGAAAUCGUUAACUUAGACAAAAUUAAAUCGUAAAGUAAAAAAAAGUUAAAGCUAUAGUUCAAAUUUUAAAUAUUUCUGUAUUGAUCUUUUUUGAUAAAUUUCACCGUUCUGUAUCUUAUGCGCAAUAAAUUGUCAUUGGAAAACUUUCAUUAUUAUUUGUAUUUUUUCAAAAAAAAAAGUUUCUGAUAUUCAAACACCUCGAUAUUAGAUAGAUUAAGCACAACAACAUAAUAAUAAUGAUAUUAAUGUUAGUAGUAAUAAUAAUAAUAUUAAUAUUAAUAAUAAUAAUAAUGGUAAUAUUAAAUAAUAAUUAAUAUUGAUAAUUAUUAUAAUAAUGUAAAUAGUUCGUAUAUUUCUUGAUUCUUAUUGUAGA